CAAGUGCAGCUGGCACGCCUCUGGGUGGCUCUUAUAUAACCUGGGUUCUUGCAGGGCACUAAUGUUAAAGGAAGGUUAACGAUACCUAAGGACUACUCGUAUUGCUUGAGCUGGUGUUACUGGGAGUCGGAUUGCUGUGUGGCUUGGGCUACUCACUGUAGUGUGAUCUGGGACCUUUGGGUGCUGGAAGGUGGACUCUUGGGUGAAUUUUGGAAGACACAUAGGAUGGCUUCAGAAAAGGAUGAGCUGGUCUUCUUUGUAAAUGGCAAAAAGGUGGUGGAGAAAAAUGUGGAUCCAGAAACUUCUUUGCUGACCUAUCUUCGAAGGAAAUUGGGCUUAUGUGGAACCAAGCUGGGAUGCGGAGAAGGUGGAUGUGGUGCCUGCACUGUUAUGAUUUCCAAAUUUGACAACUUUCAAAAGAAGAUCAUACACUAUUCUGCAAAUGCUUGUUUGUUCCCUAUCUGUGCCCUCCACCAUGUAGCAGUAACUACCAUCGAAGGCAUAGGAAGCACAAAGACGAGGCUGCAUCCAGUACAGGAAAGAAUAGCUAAAAGCCAUGGAUCUCAGUGUGGUUUCUGCACUCCUGGCAUUGUUAUGUCCAUGUAUACUCUGCUUCGCAACCACCCUGAGCCUAAAAUGGAGGAGAUAGAAGAUGCUUUCCAAGGAAAUCUGUGCCGCUGUACAGGAUACAGGCCCAUUCUAGAAGGCUACAGGACUUUUGCAAGGGACCGGGGUUGUUGUGGGGGGAAAGUUAAUGGUCUAGGUUGCUGCAUGACCGGAAAGGAAAAUAAUGUGGAUCAGAAGUGCUGUGGGGGGAAAGCCAAUGGAUCAGGCUGUUGCAUGAAUGAAAAAGAAUACAACACAGCAUUGAUCUCCACAACCCUGUUCAACCCAUCUGAGUUCAUUCCCUUAGACGCUACACAGGAGCCUAUAUUUCCACCAGAGUUAUUGACUCACAAUAACCAACCUCGGAAGCAGCUGUGCUUCAAAGGCGAGCGUGUGGCAUGGUUCCAGCCCUCAACGCUCAAGGAACUGGUGGCUCUCAAAGCUCAAUACCCCAGUGCCAAACUUGUGGUCGGGAACACGGAAGUGGGAAUUGAAAUGAGGUUAAAGAACAUGCUGUACCCAGUGAUAAUAGCACCAGCUUGGAUCCCAGAAAUGAACUCUGUUCAGCACACAGAGGAGGGAAUCAGGUUUGGCGCCUCCUGCACUCUGAGCCACACGGAAGAGGUUCUGCGGAAAGCUGUAGCCCAGCUUCCACCUUAUAAAUCCGAGGUGUUCCAUGCUGUCCUAGAACAACUGAGAUGGUUUGCAGGGCCUCAGAUUCGAAAUGUUGCUGCUCUUGGAGGAAAUAUCAUGACUGCAAGUCCAAUAUCUGACCUCAAUCCUGUGCUGAUGGCUAGUGGGAGCAAAUUGACUUUGGUGUCAAAUGAAGGCAGCAGGACUAUAAAGAUGGACGAAAACUUCUUUACUGGCUAUAGAAAGACUGUGCUAAAGCCUCAGGAAAUCCUGCUCUCAGUGGAGAUUCCCUACAGCAGGAAGGACGAAUAUUUUUCUGCAUUCAAGCAAGCGUCUCGAAGAGAGGAUGACAUUGCUAUAGUGACCUGUGGAAUGAGAGUCUUGUUUCAAGAGGGAACCAAUCGAAUACAGGAGAUUAAGCUGAGCUAUGGAGGAAUGGCUCCCACAACUGUAUUGGCUGGAAAAACCUGUCAGGGGCUUAUUGGCAGGGAGUGGGAAGAAAAGCUGUUGCAGGAAGCUUGCCGCAUGCUGGCAAGUGAGAUGGAUCUGCCCCCUUCAGUUCCAGGUGGCAUGGUGGACUUCCGGCGCACCCUGGUGCUCAGCUUCUUCUUUAAAUUCUAUCUCACUGUGCUUCAGAAACGGAGUCUACAACUCAACGGCAAUAAUAAUCUUUGUGAUGAGGUCCCCUCUAGGUAUGCAAGUGCCACUGAGUUAUUUCACAAGGAUCCUGUUAACAAUGUUCAACUAUUCCAAGAAGUGCCUGCUGGACAGUCCAUUGAAGAUAUGGUAGGCCGGCCCUUGGUUCACCUUUCAGCUGCCAAGCAGGCAAGCGGAGAGGCCAUCUAUUGUGAUGAUAUACCUCGCUAUGAGAAUGAACUCUACCUAACACUUGUUACCAGCACUAAAGCCCAUGCCAAGUUGAUUUCUGUUGAUACCACAGAGGCCCAGAACGUUCCUGGCUUUGUGUGUUUUGUUUCUGUUGAUGACAUUCCAGGGAGUAAUACCACUGGGAUCAAUAAUGAUGAAACCGUAUUUGCAAAGGAUACUGUCACAUGCGUUGGCCACAUCAUUGGUGGUGUGUUGGCAGAUACACAAGAACAUUCCCGAAGAGCUGCUAGAGCUGUGAAGAUCACAUAUGAAGACCUUGUACCAAUUGUCACCAUUCAGGAAGCCAUUGAGAAAAAGUCUUUUUUUAAACUUAUAAGGAAGAUUGAGAAAGGAAGUGUCAAGAAAGGAUUUGAAGAGGCUGAUCAUAUUGUGGAUGGGGAGAUAUACAUUGGCGGCCAGGAGCAUUUUUAUCUGGAGACUCACUGCACUAUUGCUGUACCAAAGGAAGAUGGCGAAAUGGAGCUCUUUGUAUCUACCCAGAAUCUAACAAAGACACAGGAAUUUGUUGCCAAUGCCUUGGGAGUCCCAUCAAAUCGCAUUGUAGUUCGAGUGAAGAGAAUGGGAGGAGGGUUUGGAGGAAAAGAAACCAGGAACACGAUUUUAUCCACGGCUGUAGCAGUGGCUGCAGCCAAGACUGGCCACCCAGUACGAUGCAUGCUGGAUCGAGAUGAAGAUAUGCUAAUUUCUGGUGGAAGACAUCCAUUUUUGGGACAGUAUAAAGUUGGCUUCAAGAAAAAUGGAAGGAUUACUAGUCUGGAUGUAGUGUAUUACAGCAAUGGAGGCAAUUGUGCGGAUCUUUCUCAUGGUGUAAUGGACAGAGCUUUGUUUCACAUGGACAACUCAUACAACAUCCCAAACAUCAGAGGCAUUGGCAAAGUCUGUAAAACAAACUUGUCUUCCAACACAGCAUUCCGUGGGUUUGGGGGUCCCCAGGGAAUGAUGGUGGCUGAGUGCUGGAUGAGUGACAUUGCUUUGAAAUGUGGAUUGCCAGCGGAAGAGGUGCGAAAGCUCAAUCUGUAUAAUGAAGGUGAUCUGACUCACUUCAAUCAAAAGCUAGAAGGAUUCACCGUGCGAAGAUGCUGGGAAGAGUGCCUUGUAAAUUCAGACUAUCACUCCAGAAGGAAACUCAUUGAUGAAUUCAACCAGCAGAAUCGGUGGAAGAAGAGAGGAAUGGCCAUUAUUCCAACCAAGUUUGGGAUCAGCUUCACAGUUCCUUUUCUGAAUCAGGCUGGUGCACUGGUGCAUGUGUACACCGAUGGCUCGGUGCUGCUCACGCAUGGUGGGACUGAGAUGGGUCAGGGCCUGCACACCAAGAUGAUCCAGGUAGCCAGCAGAACCCUGGGGAUACCCACCUCCAAGAUCUAUAUCAGCGAGACAAGCACCAACACGGUGCCAAAUACAUCUCCCACAGCAGCUUCUGUCAGUGCUGAUAUCAAUGGGAUGGCUGUUUUGAACGCUUGUGAGACUAUCUUGAAAAGAUUGGAACCAAUCAAAUCUGCUAAACCAAAAGGAUCCUGGGAAGACUGGGUGUCAGCAGCCUACUGUAAUUGUGUCAGUCUGUCAGCUACAGGAUUUUAUAGAAUUCCGGACCUUGGAUAUGACUAUGAGAAGAAUGAAGGGAAGCCCUUCUGUUACUUCUCCUAUGGCGCUGCUUGCUCUGAGGUUGAGAUAGACUGUCUGACCGGUGACCACAAGAAUCUUCGCACAGACAUUGUGAUGGACGUUGGCACCAGCUUGAACCCAGCUAUAGAUAUAGGGCAGAUAGAAGGAGCAUUUGUUCAAGGAAUUGGACUUUUUACUCUAGAGGAGUUGCGCUAUUCCCCAGAAGGCAAUUUGUAUACCCGGGGGCCUGGAAUGUACAAAAUCCCUGCAUUUGGUGACAUACCAACGGAGUUCCAUGUGUCUCUUCUCCGUGACUGUCCAAAUAGCAAAGCCAUUUAUUCAUCCAAGGCUGUGGGAGAACCGCCUCUAUUCUUGUCAGCCUCCGUGUUUUAUGCCAUUAAAGAUGCAAUUGUCUCUGCAAGGGCAGAAUCGGGUCUAAAGGAGCCAUUCAGACUAGACAGCCCAGCCACCCCAGAAAGAAUACGCAAUGCCUGUGUUGAUAGCUUCACCAAACUGUGUCCAUCUGCUGAGCCAGGCACCUUUAAGCCAUGGUCUGUGAGAGUGUGAACGAAGCCAUCUCUAGUAACCAUCUCCGCUCCGUAAGCUGGUUUUAUCCCAAGGAACCAAAAGAAAUUGCUGAAAACUGAUCUGUAUUCCUAUCUCUGCCCUGCUGAUUCAUGAAGCCUUAUAAUUCAAUUUUUAUCAGUUGCCUAAGAAAAACAUUACUGCAGAUGGAUUACUGCUGAAAUGUAAUGAAGAGAAGAAUUGAUGCUUUGCUCUCUGGAAAAUUGAAACUUAAUGCUUAUAACCCGUUUGUGAAGAUGUUCAUUUUGAAAGUGUAAUUGUGACUUUCAAAGAAUUGCUAAUUUAGCAGACUUAGCAGCAACCAAUCCUCUCUCUUUUUGCUUUCUUCUUAAUCUUCUGAAUGGAUAAUUGCAAACAACAAUGAGGGCAGGACCCCAUUGCAUUUCUGUUCUACAUAAUAAGGGUCUGGAGCAUUUAUUGCCAUCUAAUGAUGAGCUCACAACCUCUGCUUUCACCGUUUUUGCUUUAGUAUGUUGGGAUAAAUUGCAGUUUUACACAAGGGUUAACUAAUGCCCCAAUCAGAAAUACAUCCACUUGAAGUAAGGCAUAUUGAAAUCAGUAUGGCUUACAUGUUAGUAAAUGUGCUUAAAACUGCAGUGUAAGAGGGUCAUGAAAAAUGCCAUGAUGUAGGUGUUGAUUCGUAGCUUACGUUUCCUGCACUUUGAUUUUGCUGAAAAUAAGUUAGGCUAGGCUAAAGGUGAAGCAUUUCCAAGGCACUAUUUCAAAGGCACUAAUACGUAGAAGAAGAAUUUUUGGUAGAACACUCCAUUCUACUUUCCCCCCUUUCCUCCCUACAUUCUACGUGUACACAUAUUUUAGCUCUUUGUUAAAUUUUCUGAAGUAUUUCUGCACACAUGUAUAGCAGCCACUAAAUCCCCUUUAGUAGCUAUUUGCACAUCUUCUAUAAUAAUGUACAGUCAUUAAAUAUAGUACACUACCAUCUCAGUGGAUCCAUUUAGAGGAAAUAAGUAUUACAGUGAACAAUGUGAACUGAGGUGCAUCGUAUGGUUAUUUCUUAAACUGCCAGUAGCUAUUGCUGCCCUAAGAAUGAAAGAGGGAUAGCCCCCAAAUGGAAAAUUUUCCAUUUCCUACGGAAAAAUGGGGAGGGUUAUAGACAGUUGGUCAAGUUUGUUCCAAGCUUAAUCUACCCCGCAAGAGGUUUCCAUUAAUACAGUAUGGCUGACCACUGUGUUAUUCUUCCAACCUAUUAAAACAGAUAGAGCAGUCUGCACUCUCUUUCCCAUAUAGAUUCAAAUCAAUUAAAUAUAAAACCAUCCCCCAGAUGACUAUAAGUCAAUGAGCUACUUCAUUCAAAGAUACCAAUUUACAUCAUGCCUUUUGGAUAUGAUCUCUGUUACUGGUGACUUCAGACGUGUUAACAUAGAACCAGACUGUGUACCUUCAGGAACAGAAGCACAGUCAACCUUCAUUGAUGCUUCACUGCCGCUUUGAAGGGUUGACAAUGUAAGAACACAGCAUGUUAAAAGUGGAUAUGCUUAGGAACCACCACAACUCAAACAGUGACUGCUUUCCUAAGAGUUUGCCUGGCACCAUCAUGUGCUUUUCUUCAUUAGGAACAUAAAAAGUUAUUGUGGUACUAAUCUGAUAUUGUUGCAAAUACUACUUUUUGUCAUAUACUAAAAUGGCACUUUUUGUUAUGGCUUAUAGCCAAAUAAAACUUCAACAGACCUAACAAAGUGACACUUAGCUCAUGAUAGGUAACAUUUGAUGUUCAACUGAAGUAGAGAGAAGGAUCUCUACUUUGGGUAUAUAAUAUUUGCAGAUUCAUACAGGGAAGUACAGUGCACUUCUAGUGGUGUGAUUCCACAUGAAAUUUAGAGUAUUUGUUACUAUCAUUCUAAUACUGUACAGCUAUCAUUUCCCAGCCCUUGACAUUUAUUGUCAUAAACAAAUCCAUGGCUCUUCUAGUUUUCAGUCAUCAAAAGUUUACUUUUGCCAUUGCUUUUUGUCAAACAAGGGCCAUUAUUUUGAGUCUAGUCCAUAUAAUAUAUCAUGCUAAGCAAGGGCACAAAAUAUUAUCUUACUCUGUAAGAAAGAAAGAAAAAAGAUGCCCUGGCAUUGCUAAUAACGCUUUAUAAGAAUGAAAAAUUUCCAGAAAAAGCUCUGUCUUUAUUGUGCACUUUAUAGAUUCUUUUAAAUGAGUGUUUUCAUGAAUUAGUACCAUUGUGAUCUGAAUGUAUAAUAAACUUGCUUGAAAUUGUUGAAGUUUUGAAAAAUAAAUGUGCUUUUAGAA